CUAAAAAAUCCCGAGUAUCAAAAUCUGCCCCUGCCUUCCAGUUCCCCCCCCCACCCCCAGGCGGGGCAAGAGCUUCGCUGGCUAUACCUGGAAGAUGGGGAAGGGGCAUCCCUUGACGCAAGCCCUCGGGGGCUGCGGUUCCAGCAGGACUUAAGGCCGGCUGGGCCUGGGAAGGGGGUGGAGAGCGGUGCCACCACCACCACCCCCGUUUUGUGUGUGUGUGUGUAUGCAACAAUCUUCGCACCAGCUGCUGUGAGAUGAAUUUUUAAUCAUUCCCAGGGAAAAGAGAAAAAAAAAAGUGUGGGGAGGGGGGGGGAAAGAUCGGCUCGGCGGAGCCCCAGCCCUGGCUGGGGCGGGGGGCGCAAAGCGUUCUCUCCCGGCUGUGCAGCGUAUGUGACCCAUCAGUUGCAGCACCCAUUUUUCAGCACUGAAUCAUGGAGACUGAAACUGUGCCUUCACAGGAAGCUUCCCUGACUGUUAAUGAACAGGUCAUUGUGAUGUCGGGACAUGAGACAAUUAGGGUACUGGAAGUGGGAGUAGAUGCUCCAGUCUCAAUAAAAAAUGAAGGGAAAACGCUGAAAGCAACAGAUGCAGCAGCUGGAGGAGAGGAUUCUGCAAACUGCCCUCCAGAAUCAAGUAAAACAGGACAGGAAAGGGUACAACAAAACCCAGAGAAGGCAUGCAGAGAGUCCAGUGGUGAAGUCAAGGCACUGCCUGAAAUAACACCUGUGCCUAUCCCAGGAAUUGUGCCAUUUAGCCAAGUGACAAGCCAACCAACACCAACUUUAACUCCUGUCACAGUGCAAGCGGCACCACAGGUCUUGACUCAGGAAAACUUAGCAACAGUUGUGACAGGCGUAAUGAUUCCAGCAGGGGCAGUUACUCAACCUCUUCUUAUCCCCAUCAGUAUUGCAGGUCAAGUGGCAAGUCAGCAGGGGCUGGCUGUGUGGACAUUUCCUGCAGCAACGGUGGCUGCCCUCCCAGGACUGACGGCUGCCUCUCCUACUGGGGGAAUUUUCAAAUCACCUAUAGCCAAUUUGCAAGCCACUGCAGUGCUGAACACAGCAGUACAAGCCCCUUUGCAGCCUGCCCAACCUUUCCAGGCACAGCCAACAGCCCAGCCUCGGCCAUCUAUCCAAACACAGACUGUGUUCCAACCACCAGCUCAGACAACUCUGUUGUCACAGCCGACCACAACAGCCACUCUACCUGCCGUCAAGCCACUGGAAACUCCGACACAGAUCGCGGUUCAACCAACAGGAUUUGCAGGAAUAAUCAGCGCAGCUUCUCUUGGAGCCCCAACCCAGCUGCUUAGCUCACUAGCGGCUACGCCUGUCAUUGCAAACACCAUUCCUAGUGUGCAAGGAAUAACUGGACAAAUCCUGACUAAUGCUCAAGGACAAGUUAUUGGAACUCUUCCAUGGGUAGUGAACCCAACCGGAAUUGCAACGCCAACUCCUGCCCCUGCUACAUUGCCAGCACAAAAUCUACAAGUGCAGGCAGUGACGCCCCAGUUGCUUUUAAAUGCUCAAGGUCAGAUCAUCGCCACCUUGGCUAGCACCAUCCAGGCAGCAACUACUGUCCGGAAGUCAACCCCGCCAGAAUCUCCUGCCAAGAGUGAGGUCCAGCCAAUUCAGCCGGCCCCAGCUCUCUCACAGCCAGCUGUGGUUAUUGCAAGUCCUCCCCCAGCAUCCAAACUAGCUUCCACUCCUGUCCCCAUCACCUGCUCAGAGUCACCAACUGUCAGCCAGCUGGUUUCAAAGCCUCAACCUUCAAAUAGUGGGAGUGAUGAAGAUGGCAUAAACCUGGAGGAGAUCAGAGAGUUUGCCAAGAAUUUUAAGAUUCGACGUCUCUCUUUGGGCCUCACCCAAACCCAGGUGGGGCAGGCAUUAACUGCCACUGAAGGACCUGCAUACAGCCAGUCUGCUAUAUGCAGAUUCGAAAAGUUGGACAUCACCCCCAAGAGUGCCCAGAAGCUAAAGCCCGUGCUGGAGAAGUGGCUGAGUGAAGCUGAGCUUCGGAAUCAGGAAGGACAGCAGAACCUGAUGGAGUUUGUGGGCGGGGAGCCUUCCAAGAAGCGGAAACGGCGCACUUCUUUCACCCCGCAGGCCAUUGAGGCCCUCAACGCCUAUUUUGAGAAAAACACCCUCCCCACCGGCCAUGAAAUCACCGAGAUCGCCAAGGAGCUCAAUUAUGACCGGGAAGUGGUCCGGGUUUGGUUCUGCAACCGGCGACAGACACUCAAAAACACCAGCAAACUCAAUGUCUUUCAGAUCCCUUGAAGGCUGCAGCUCUAAAGCAAGAAUCUCCCCUUUCCCUACCUGGCUGCCGUGAGCACUUUGUGGCUAAGUCUCCCCUGCCCCUGCCACCUGUUUAUAGUGAUGACUGAAGUGAAAGAGGGGAGAUCUCCUCGUGUUUUAUUGUGCCCCAGCCUCUACUCAUCAGCUGCUGCCUUCCUCCCUGGUGUCGCACCAAGCUGCGAAGGCUUAGGAGUCUCCAUUGGCGUUUAGCUUCCUUCUGUGUCAGACAAAUCAUGGUCAGUUAAAGGAAAAAGGUUCUCCUCGCCUAGUCUGUGUGCAUUUUUCUUUUUUUCUUUUCUUUUCGAAAGUGGCAUUAGGAUUGCCACCCAGCAUAGCAUCCACCAGGAAUAAUGGGAAAAAUCCUCUUUUAUUUGAGCCACUUUUCAUAGCCACCUAUCAUUUCCUAUUCAACAACAUCUGCUAAUCAGAUC